UCAAUAUUUCAUCACAUUUUGUCUCUGUUAUACACUACUUACUAACCAGAGACCCGAAAUUUAUCAAAAUCCUAACAAACCAAACACCCCCAAAUCUUCCUAAUGGCGAUUUCCGGUGACUUUAGGGUUUCAGCUGCAUUAGGUCCUUCUCCUACUAAUCCCAUCCGCAUUACUUCACCACCUAAGGCCGAUUCUGUUAAUUUCCUAAAUGGAGGAUCGAGUCUUUCUAGAAGUAUGCCUAAAUGGUCAACUUCUAUAGCAUAUAUGCAGAGCACACGAUGCCAUGUUAAACGGCCACUUGGGAUCAUCAGUGACUAUGAAAUGUCCACAAGGUCCUUUAACCAGGAUGCAGAAAGCUUCCUGUUGAAUGCCAUAAACAUGAAUUUCUUUGAGCGUUUGAGUUUAGCUUGGAAGAUUAUCUUUCCAUCACCAUCAUUGAUAAAGAACUCAAAUGCAAACGUGGCCAAACAACGGUUGAAAAUGAUUCUGUUUUCUGACCGGUGUGCAGUGAGUGAGGAGGCAAAACAGAAGAUAGUCAGCAAUGUCGUCAAUGCCCUUUCAGAUUUUGUUGUGAUUGAAUCUCAAGACAAAGUCCAGCUUAGCGUCUCCACCGAUCCUGCCCUUGGGACUAUCUACUCAGUCACAGUGCCUGUGAGACGCGUGAAAGCAGAAUAUCAAGAAGAAGAUGGGGAGGGAACGAUUAUGAAUAUGGAAUACAAGGACAAUGGAGCAUCUUCUGGCUCGAUGGAUGUGACAUUUGAUUUUUAUGUUCCUGAGUGAAUGAUUUUUGGUGUUUUAGGUGAUCAUGAAAUUUGUUUGGUCGACUGUGAGGGUGAUGCUUGAAAUUUGUUAUAAUUUGUAGCAAACAUUGUAAAUAUUUGAUAUAUCUUGACUCGUUUUAGAUGCUUUAAA